GUUGUGAUAAACUUAUUAAAUAGUUAAGAAUGACAGUUGGCUCCGAGGGAUCCUCUUCGGGAUCAGCUGGGGCAGAGAAGGAAGAGGACGACAGACGGAAGUUGAAGCGGAGACUGGAUCGGCUGCCCUCUCGUCUCUUGGACUACAUAGAUGGCGUACAGUUCCAAGUGACAGUCCUGUUUGCUGUCUCUUUUGCAGUCCUCCUUUGUCUGGCUGUUGCGUCACAUGCCAGAACCAAACUGGAGAAUGAUCCGGUAAAACUGUGGACGAACGAUAUCUUUAGCGACAGAAACGAAGGAGGUGUAGACGAUGUUCGUCUAGACGCAACAGACAGAGAGGGAGCCAUGUCUAUUAUACAGUACUAUGACUCAUCAUCUACAAAGGCCUCACAGAAUAACUCCAUUCUGACAAGAGCCGAGCUUCUGAGGCAUUAUGACCUGAUCAAGCAGUUGACACAAGUCAAGAUCAACUUCCACGAAAAGCAAUGGGACAUCUCCAAAAUUUGCGCCAAAAUCUCAUUUCCUAUUCCUCAGCCAACGAAUGAGCUGACAACACAGUUGCUUACACAGUUUAUGAAUUAUCUCAAUCCUUGUCUAAUCACCACCCCUCUCGACUGUUUCUGGGAUGGAGCAUCAUUACUAGACGCCACUAUGAACAAGUUAAAUAUACAAGUCAAUAUUACUGGGAGACAAUUGACGUGGUCAAAUGCUGUGCUGAGAGAAAAUAUGACAGAGCUGUAUAAACUGUAUCAAAUGCCAGUUAUCUUCAAUUUCUUGCAAGAAGUUAUCAAAGAGUACGGACUUGGUGACAUAAGCUAUACAGAAAAGCGAUGCCUGGAUAGGGAUAACUGCGAGUCUUAUGCAGUACCACUCAAAUCAGACAGAGAAGUAGUCGAGGCAUUCUCGCAAUUUGCCUCCUCCUCCGCCUGCCCUUCUUUCGCCUCCAAAUUCCUCAACUCCUCCUUCGACACAGUAUUGGGAUCAUUGAUGCGCAACUCGAGUGGUCACGUGACCUCGGCACAACAGCUGCACACAGUGUGGCAUCUUAUGAACAAGAGGCAGCUGUAUCUGAAAGAACGAUACAGACAAUACAGGUCAUCCCACUGGACGGAAGAGGCCGCAGCUGAACUGCUCGAACUGUUCUACCGAAAGUUUAAAGCUAUUGUGGAGAAUGCGAAUUCGGUCAUCACUGAUUCUCGGCUGAUGUCGUCUCGUCGGAGCAGUCAAACUAGUCAAUUCAUGAUAUUCUCUGCUCGUAGCAGUCUUCGUGAAACAGUUAACUUCCUCGAACACAAUCAAAUCUUUGUACUACUCAUGGUUCUCGCAAUUAUGUCACUACUGUUGUUGGCUUCAGAAAAGUACUUCAUCAAUUCAAAAAAUCCAUUGGCCUCAACUUCUGCAAUGCAAGUUGUUGCAAUCAUGCUGUCCUUGUUGCCACUGCUGGUACCUUUGACAGUUAAAGUACCACAUGUCUCCUUCAGUCCAGAGUCCGUGCAGGUGACAGUGUUGCUGGUACUUCCAAUUGCCUACUACGUCGUGCUAUGUGAGAGGCUUCUUUCUCAUGGGUGUAUAGCAACAAGAAGGAAAUGUCUCACGUGGCCUUGCUUUUACGGCGCUUUAUCAAUUCUGCCACCUCUUGCUGUCUUGUUUGGGUUGUACUCUGUAGACGUGAUUCGCUCUGCAAUCGUUAGCACUGCGAUAUUUGUCUUCAUUUCACCGCUACUGGGUAUAGUCGUAGCGAGGUCCAUCCGCCUCACAACCGCUGCUGCAUUUGCAAAAUACGUCAAGUAUCGUACGCGAACUAGCGUGAAAAGUUUAACUGGAGAGGAAAUAGAAAACAAAUCAUCCCGAUUUGCUUCAAGCAAAACUGGUAACAGUAACUCGAUCAAGAAGCUAAGCGAAGGGCAUGAUUCAGUGACAUCACAGGGCGAUCAGGUAUCAAACGGAGCUACCGUGCUGAACGACUUCAAGCGAGAUCCGAGCACUACAAGUGCAUCGCAAUCACCAGGAUCCUCGACCGGAAACAAAGUGUCGCUUUACGAACUGGGCAUCCCGCAAUCGUAUAUAAGACCACACUGCUCUAAAAGGAGACGACAUCGCCAUAGGCACUCGUAUCACAGGAGAUCACAUGUGACUGCAUUGGGCAGUAGAGUAUACGACAAUAUUUACUCCGAAGAGCAGAAUGUGGGUAGUCAAGAUGAAGGAGACUUCAAAGCUAUACAGUUCGUCAAUGAAACCGCAACAGAGUCAAAAGAUGUGAAUGUGGAACACAAGGCUGAACCCGUGUCUUCAAACCCUCCGUCGCCUAAAGAAGGGGCGGAGAAAGGGCGGGAAGAAGAGCAGAACCGUGCAGCCGAAAGUGCCCCGAAAAGGAAAUUGACGAGGACGCACAAGCUGCAUUUGAAAGCGCCUGCCGCGUCUACUUCGUCAUCUUCAUCAUGUUGUCGCUACUAUUACGGGCACUACUGUAGUAACGCUAGGUGGUCUCGAACAUGGAGAAAAAGGCGAUCUCGCAAACUGGCCUUGAAGCGACGCAGCACAGAAAUGAUCAAGACAAAGCUCUUCGCUUAUAUGCUUAGGUGGUUUUCAUUUUUCUCGUCUAAACAGUGCCAGGUCUCUAUCGCGUGCCUGUUUGUUGCGUGUGCGUUGCUGAGUUGUUAUAUAAUACCAAACGCGAAGACUGGACUGGAAAAUGAGACUGAUUUGAUCAACUCAAACUCUGUGGCGUAUUCCUUUGUAGAAAUGAUCCAGAACAAUUUCAAAUUACCGAUGACGAUCUCGGUCGCAAUACAUUCUGAGAAUGUGGAUUUGGCGGAUCCGAAGAUGCAACGUUCAUUGACCAAUUUGGACAGCGAAAUCAGAGAGAUCUCCAUUGUGGAUUCCACGCCAGAUGAAGAGCUGUGCUGGAUUAAACGAUUCCGCCAGUUUUUGUCCGACGCAGAAUCGGAGAUGCAGCGUAAGGCUGACAACUCAAGCGAGAGAAAUAUGAGAAAAUUGGGGGAUGUUUUGUCGAAACAAUCUGGUAGUCGCUACGAUAAACUGGUCAGUACAGAUGGUGUCAUAAAACCCAUGAGUUUCGACACUUUUCUUACCGCUUGGCACAGUUACGAUCCAAAAGGAGUGUUCAACACGCAGCCAGGAUUCAGACCCAUGCCUCCGCCUAUACCUGUCUCUUAUCAUAAGUCAGGUUUUCUUGACUUCAUUCCCCGUGCUGACCCUGUGAGGCUGUCCUUUUUUCACUACAAAGUAUCCCGACUGAACGAGUUGGACGACAACCACAACGUCCUCCACGCCAUCUCCCACCUGCUCACCAUCUGCGCCAAGUUCAGCCAAGACGGACUCAAGAUUCUUCCCUCGGGACUGAUCCUGUUCCCCUGGUCCCAAUUCCACGAUUUCAACCUCGUCUUCUUCGGAGUGGCUGCUCUGACUGUACUGACCGUUCCAGUGCUCCUCUACACAGUAUUCAGAAGCAUGCGACUCUCGACUAUCAUGGUGACCGUGAAUACUGGUCAACUGCUUUUGACAGUGGCUCUAUGUGUGUCAGCUGAUGUCAUUUUCGCCCCUCUCUGUCUGAUGGUCAUGGCCUGUCUCUUCACUAUACAGUCCUCGUUGUCGGCAGUGGCAGCCGCCUACCCACUCACCACCUCUUCAAAUGUGCCCAUGCGAACAGAGCUACUGCGACAAACAGGCAGCUUCUACUGUAAGCUAUUUGUCAUUGCAUUCAUCACGUCAGCUGCCCAGAUGAUCUGUGUUGUGUUCAUCUACUUCUCUGCUUAUGGAAUUUUGUCAAAACAAAUAUUCUUAUGUGUGACCAUUUCUGUCGCAGUGUUCUGGGUGGUGUUUGCCUUUGUAGUACCUGCAGUUGCGUCCCACUUGACCUCGUACAGUGUCAAAUUGGCAUCCAGAAAAGUGUCAACUUGCCAGGAAGACUCAAUGGUCGCUUCGGGAUCUUCCGAUCAAUCGUGGUAUUGGUUCCCCUAUUCAUCCUCGUGGCACGAAGUCGCCAUGAGUGGUCCCGUGGCUGCCUCCUCCUCGUCCUCUUCCUCCCGCCGACAUCGCCGCGUUGGCCGUCACCACCCUACGUCAUCUGGCCCCAUGUGUGCCCAGUCAUUUUUGAAUUCUAGCAACUCCUUCGUCUUAGGAGCCCCCGAUUCCUCCUCACAUGGCCAGCAUGAUUUGUCUAACAAUGCCUACCAUAUGCAGAUGACAACCAAAAGAUUCAACUUCCUGAGUGGUCAUGGCAGUCUGACGAGGCGACAGAAAAUGAGGUUGCAGAGGUCAUACAUCCGCAACCAGCAGUUCCUGGCCAUGGCAGUCGCAGGCAACGGGGGCCAUACAAGCUCACGACACACACACGCUGCAGCCUCCAAGUCACCGGGGCACCAUCAACAUCCGGCAGUGAAUCGAUCGGCGUCCGGCGGAACCAGCCAGAAGGGGUUCGAACCAGCAGUUGCAUCGAAGCCGAUGCUGAUCCGCAAUUUGUCCAAUGGCUCCAGGUCAACUGCAGUCCCAGUCACAAUUAUCCCCUCCACAUGUUCCACGGAACGCAAACUAUUCAUCAGUCCCAACAACCCACACCAUUCAGCAGCCGACGAGGAGCACGAGUGUUGCCCACUCGCCUCUCGGCUGUCCUCCCGUCACCAUCCAAACGGAGUGGAAGAGAGUAGUGCUAGUUCAUUCUACCCGAUCUCGCUCACAGACGCGGAGAGCGAUUUCCUUCUCAUGCGGUCCCCCAGUCAGAAUUUGUGCAAUGAGAGUUUGAACACAGAAAAUAACUAAGAAUCUGUUCUAAUAUUUAGUUUCUUAACGGAUCUCCUUGAACGCACAUUGUAGCCAGAAUUUAGUGGGCAGGAAAGUCGCUGUAAUACGGAAAUCUGACCGUCAAUUUGGUAAUUUCCGGCGAAUAUCCAGUUGUAAAUGGUACUUUUUUGGCCCACAUCACUUCGAAAGAAUUGUAAUUUAAUUGACCGAAAUAGUGAACACCAAGCUUGGUUUCUGAAGGUGUCCUGGAGAUCCAAAAUUGUUAAGUUCAUUUUAGUUGAUGUACGACUUACUGAUUAUCGAGCAUGACUAUGAUUUAAAUUGCACAUACUAAUUUCAAUUUAUUGCUACGAAUUGGAUAGUUUUUAUUAAUUGCCAAGAUAAAGCUCAUGGCAUGUUAAGGUUUUAUUUUGUUAAAAACUCAAGCUUACUU